AUGACUCAAGUCAACUGCUUUUUGGACGAUCCCGUUGGAUGUGAUCUCAAUGUGCCCUACAUGAACCCCCAAUGUCUGUUCAGUCUUCAUAAGCGACUACCGAUGACUUUUGAUUUGCCGCAGAUGCAGCAACCGUACAUCGACAGUUUUUCACGAGCCUCACUCGAUAUUCUGUCCGGUUUCGAGACUGCUGAUGACUUCGAGUCAUCGGCCAGCCCUACAGUUCUACUUACCGAGCUGAAAGACCAUGUUCAACAGGGCAAGUUGGCAUGGUGCAUGCAUCACGGCAAACGGAGGUUCAAGCUGAAGGACCACGAAAAGCCGCCCGUGUUCACUACCUACCAGACCCUCGAGGGAGAGAACCGCAGGAGCGUUCGGAGCAGCGAUUCUAUAUUCUCCCAUCACUGGAGACGCAUCAUACUCGAUGAGGCACACACAAUACGCAACCACAAGACUUCUACUGCGCAAGCAAUGGCCGCGCUCCGUGCGACUUCGAGAUGGGCAGUCUCGGGCACCCCAAUCCAGAACAGCCUGCUCGACUUCCAUGGCCUCUUCAAAUUCCUUCAUUUCGCCCCCUACGACGAUCCAAAGGCCUUUGAUGACGAUAUCUCGAGCAUAUGGCGUACAAAAUCUGUCGAGGACGCUGGCGAAAUAUUCAAGACACUGCUCUCGUGCAUCAUGAUACGUCGAACCAAGGCUAUUCUAGAUCUGCCCUGCAAAGACGAUCAGUUGAUACGUGUGCCAUUCUCUCAUGAGGAAGAACGACAUUACCGCCAAAUCGAGCAGCCCGUCCUGGAUAUGCUGGAUCGCACCACAGGAAACGGCAGCCAAACCCAGGCCCCUUGGAUGACCGCUAUACAACAGAUCAACAAACUCCGCCUUGUUUGCAACUUAGGAGUCUUCACUCCUUCGCAAGUGAACGGUUUCUCGCAGCCUGGCAGUUUAGAUGACACGACAUCCGUGAUGAGCGCCCGCUUCUCAAUGGGUGGAGGAUUUUGCGAACUGUGCUUCCAGCCAGUAGAAAAGUCAAUACUCAGUACUGGACUCCGUGAUCCUACACAAGAACAAGUCUACUACUCAGCCUGCAGCAAGUUCUACUGCGCCGAUCUUUCACCUUCAUCGAUGGAUUGGGACUAUGCCAACGAGAUUUCAAGCAAAGUAUGGGCGCUUGUUUCGCAGAUCAGGUUGCGUCCACAGGAAAAGCAUGUCGUAUUUUCGUCCUGGACAUCAAGUCUCGAUAUGGUGGAGAGAGCGCUUCGGUCUAAUGCAGAUCAAGUCAUUCAAUUCGUCCGAAUCGAUGGCAAGGUGCAGCCGAAAAAGCGCAGCCUUGCUAUAGAGCGGCUUCGUGACGACCCUGGUAUACGCGUCAUACUGAUCACCAUUGCUUGUGGCGCCUGUGGUCUGGACCUGACAGCGGCAUCUGCAAUCCAUCUUCUCGAACCCCAAUGGAACCCAUCUCUCGAAGAUCAAGCGCUCGCUCGCGUUCAUCGACUCGGACAGACUCGUCCCGUCACCACCAUACGCUAUAUCAUGAAAGACUCGUUCGAAGAGCACAUCCUCAAAGUUCAAGAUCGCAAGAAAUUGCUCGCCACAACGCUCCUCUCCAAUGGCUCUUCGCUCGAGAACCUGCGACAAUUGCUGCACGAAAGAAAGGGCGGUCAACAUGCUUGA